AUGAGACUUUGGCGGUUUUCCUGUUGUCGACGAGAAGGCGAAAGCCGGUUCGCGGUCAGGCGCCAUUGUCCCUUUCUGGAUUUUUCUCUCGACGGGAACAUCUCACUCGUUACGACGAUGCGUCGCUUGGGCAGGUGCGCCCAGCUGCUGCUGCAGCUCGUCGUUCUGAGCUUUGCCAGAGAAAAUGGCCUUCCUGACGACUUUCCGGAGGACCACACCGACCUCGUCAUUCCGCUCAGGCGCAACCUUGGUGGGUUUGAAAAAAACUAUUUUUUUGGUUUUUUGUUGAGUUUCCUGUAAAUAAAAUUGAUUUACCUGGAAGCAGGGAUUUUGGAGGUAUUGUCUUGAAAUGUCUCGAAGUUUCUGUGACGAGAUCUCGUCUCGGUAAGAACUUCUUUCGUCCCGUCUCCUCAUCUCAUUCCCCGAGACUGGUCUUAGAAGCGUCUUGCCUCGUUUCGAAAAAUUGUGACACGAAUUCAUAUCGCGUCAAUUUUCCGAGAAUCUGUGAAAAACUGUAGUGACUUCCCUCAAAGACUAAUUGGAGAGGAAACUAAAGUGGCCACUCCAACCAUUACUAUAGAAGCCGCAACAGUGGUAUUUAGUGAUCUAUUUGCACCUAUUAGACUCCCAAAGAGGCCACUGGAUUCAAAUCACUCAAGUAAAAACUAACUCGACUACUAUAGUGGCCAAAAAAGCAUUUCCUAAUUGAUUUUUAAUAACUCCUAGAGUCGUAAGUUUUGUAAAAAUUUUUCAUUUUGUUCUCGAAAUUUACAACUUCAACAACCCUGUAUGGGAGAUAAAAAUUCACUUUGAAUUUCAGGGAGAAUUAUAAAAACUGAUUGAAUUCCAUUAAUGUCAUAUUUUUCAAGGCUUCACAGCUUGCAACUUGUUAACGAUGUUUUACGAUAUUUUGCAGUCAAAUACGAAUCCCAUGUCCGUUCGGCUGACGUUCCUCCCCAUUUUAUUGGGGUCGAUGAGAAGGAUAUCGUUCCACUGACUCUCAGGUUUUGAACUAGAGAAAUUAAUUGAAAUUGCUUUUAUUAGAAGCGAAAGAAGAAAGAGAUGUUCUUGCGGUUGCUCCGGCUGUGAUCUCUUCCCGAACAGGAGCUGUUGCUCGAGCUGUAAGUUUUGAGAAAACCUAAUGAAUCUUUGUUUGAAUUCUUUGCUUGCCACCCUGUUCAACUUUGUUCAUGAUUUCUUCGAAUUCCUCACUUUUAAGCCUGCUGCUCCUCCCAAAAACCGAUCCCUCUCGCUUGCUGUCCACCACCGCCACCUCCAAAGCCUUGCUGCCAGCCUGCUUUCGGACCUUGCUGCCCAGCCACGCCAAACUGUUGCCCCAAGAAGUGCUGCAGGUUAACUGCGAGCGAAACUUCAAGCUAAAAAGCCGCCGAAUUCAGGGGCCGCCGACCGGAGUACGAAGAGUAUGAGGAAGAAGCUGGAGGAGGUCCGGCUGCAGUGAGCUUUCCUGAGCUUUCUCAUUUCAACUUGAACCUUUUUCCAGCCUCCACCGCCGCCACCUCGAACUUGCUGUCCUCCGCCAGUUCCACCGCCACCGCCACCGCCGCCUCCUCCGCCGCCGCCAGAACCAGAACCGCCGACGCAGUGUUGUCCGUCGGCGCCCUACGGUCGGACUCCUUGUCGAAGUGGAUGUCCUAAUGGAGGUUUUUCUCCAAAAAUAGAAGUUUCAUCGAGAUUUCCAUGCGUAGAUUGCGGUUGUGGACGUCCGUGCUGCUACUACCAGAACCCGUCGUGCUGCGACCAAGGCCAGAAGGCCUGCUGCCCGCCGGAACUUCCCUGCUGUCCUGCCCUGGAGCUGAACAACUGCAUCGCAUCGGUUCCGCCUUGCUUGAGGUAAUUAAGAAGAGUUUAACAAAAAGAUGUUCAAAAUUCACAGUCCAUAUCCUUUUUAAAAGUUCCUUCCACUACUUCUCCCCUUAGGCUACUGUUUUUCCUUCUGUGCUGAAAAAUGCCGCUGUGCGUGAGUAGUUAGCAUCGAACACGCUGAAAGCUUCGAACAGCUCGUAGUCAUUCAUAGAUAUUACCAAACUAGAGGCUGUACAGUUUUUGAAUGUCAAGAUGUCGCUCAAGCUCUGCCCCUAAUGACGAGAUAAACCAAUCAGAGAGCGAGCCAUCCACAGAGCGUUUUCGAAUGUCGUCAGUGUAUAUUCUAAAUUGGAACAGACUGUACCUUCUGCCUCAAAAUGUGCAUAACUUCAUUUUUUGAGAGCGUGUCCCUCCUGCCCCUGCCGGAAGCACCUGGCCCUUGGAAAACGGAUCAAACGCGACGACGCUAAUCAUUGUCAGCCUGCCGGGCUCCUCCCCCCACUUCUCGGCCUUGGACUCGGUGGUCAGCAACAACCAGCAGCUGCAGCCAAGAAGCAAGUCGUCAGAAAAAUCGCUGCUGCUCCAAAUCGACCCGUUUCCGUCACGAAGAAACUCAUCGAACAAUCUGAGGUUGGUCGGAUGCAUCUCAAGAAAAGGAGCUGAAGUCAAGAAUCGUCAUGAAAAGCAUGAAGAGCUGAUAUUGAGGCUGUGAAUCUUGUUUGGCAAGAUAGAAAUGAUCUUUGAAAUUCCAACUUUUGCCAUCUUUUCCAUUCUCUAACGGUCAAUCCUCCUUCACUUUUAUCGCUCUAAAAAUCCCAUAUAAUUUAUAUAGCUUCUGUUAGUAAGUUCAGUAAUGACGUCUUGAAGCUUAGCAGUAAAGCGUCCUUCAAAAUGAUGUGAUGCAAAAACAAUGACGUCACUUGCAGGACCACGUCGAAGCUCCGCCCACCGCCGGUCGUCUCUACGAGUUCCGCGGUGCUCAUGCUCGCGUCAAGCGGAAUUUCGACAAUGGAGGGGUAAAUAUUGAUAAUUUCCUGGUUCAAUCUUGCUCUAACGAAUUAUUGGCUUGACACGCCUCUUUUUCUCCGCUUUCUAAAGCUUCAUCUCAUUGCACUUCAGUGUCAACUCUGCUUGGCCGGCAAGCCGCUGAAGCGGACCAAAAGGUCUUCGGACUGCGUCAGGUGCACCUACCUGCAGCCAAUGUACAGCGACAACAACCCGUUCCUGGGACCUCAGAAUCCCAGAUCGCCCGUCGGAGUCCCGGAUGAGGAUGAGCACACGAGAACCAAGAGAGCCGGGGUUGGAUAGAUCAUCUUUUCGUACUGGAAGAGCUUGAAAAUGGUGUACUUUCUCCGGGGGAUUUUCAGCCUCUUCGAGUAAAGUGGGAGAUCAGUGGCGGCUUGAAGAGACAUCAGAGAAGCCAGAGCCUUUUGUUGUCUGGAGUCUCUUGAUACUGGCAUUGUUCUAUCGCUUUUGUUUUUUUCUAUCGAAUUUCCGGCAGUAUUUCUUAGGAAACAUUUUUCACUUGAGAUCUAUAAGCGCAUAUUCUUAAAUAGAGAGUCAAUUUCGAUUUUUGAAUUGUUUCGUACAACUUUCAAUGAUUCCAGUGCCUUCCCCACCCACAAUGCAUGAUGCAUUCGCGUCGGUACAAAAGAAAUCUCCUUGGAUCUCAGUAUUGUGAGCCCUGCAAUGGUCACUACGGAAGGAAAAAGCGCGAGGCCGAACGGGAGGUUUUCGGCUUGAAAAACACGGGAAACCCUGAAGUGAUCACUUAAGCAAUGCCUUCAAAGGGAGAAACGUUACGCCGAUGAACAGUGCGACAACGACGAGUUCAGCAUCAGAGAAAAGCGACAGGCCUACAAUCCGAAAGGGAUUCUCGAUAUUGUCAAGGUCCUGUCUAGAGCUUCGGCUGCUGGAGGUUAGAUUUUCUGGAAUUUUUUUUAGGGAGUUCGAGGGAAAAAAUACUCGAGUUUUUGUGAAUUGCAUGUUCUUGCCAUAGCUUUGAUCGUUACAAAGGCCCGAGAAAUAUCGAAUGAAAUCUCAGGCGAAAGCGUCGGCGGAUGUCUGAAGUUCCCAGCUUGCGUUCUUGGCGCAGAAGAAACGAAGGAAGCGUCAGGCCGACCGAAGGGAGAAGUAUCAUGAGGUGACGUCAACUGAAAGCUCCAUGACGUCAUGAAUACUACUUUAGGCCGUCAAAAACUACAAACAAGCGGUGGAAGAUCACGCAAAACUCGUCGAAACUCACGAACGUGUCAAACGACAAUUCUUCGCUCCAGACGCCGGCGCGGUGACGUCAUUAUUAUUUUCAAAAGAAUGACGUCACGUUUAGGCUUGUGUCCCUUGUCCGGCGUGGGUCACUUUGGCAUUGGCCAGUAGAAAGAAGAGGUCGGCCAAUGAGACGUUCAUCAAGUUUGACGAUGAGGACGAGGAAGAGAAGGGAGAAAUGGUGAGGAUAUCAAGUCAUUUCAGAGAAAAAACAACGCCGGGAAAAUGCUUUUAAACUCCACAUGAAGAAACAUUGAUUUGGGAAUCAUUAUGCUUGAACUUUGAUGACGUCACUCGAAACUUUCUUUAUUCUUAUUCUUUGACCUCAAAAAUUCUAUCAUGGCGUAUUUUCUGAAAGCCUUCCGAUGUUCCAUGUCUUCAGAAAAUCCGACAAAUGACGCUAUCCGAGGCGAUCGCCGACAUCCGCAAGAAGGAGGGCUACAAGCGCGGAUUCGACGUGAGAAUCUUCCAGAAUCGGGAUAUAUCAUGACGUCAUCUCCAGGGCGAAGGCGAUUCUGAAGAUUCUGAAGAGGGAGGCGAGCUGCGUCGGAAGCAGUCGUGCCAUCAGACGGACGACUGUCUCAACACUGUCGAGUACGCCAUUUUCCAGAAGGUCUACCAGGAGAGAAGGUCCAAGCGAGAGGUAAUCCCUUAAGUGACCGCUCUGCCUAACCUGCGCUUUUUGACAAGGCGGUCUUCCGUCGGAAGAGGUGUCAGCGCUGCGGCACCGGCUACGAUGGGUCGAGAGUCAAGAGAAACAUGGGACGGCCGAAUAUCAACGUCUCCGAGGUUGGAGCACUUAAAGGACCACUUGAACAGUAUCACCUUUUGCAGCAAAACUGCAUGGCGUUCCCACAAUGUCGGCAUCGCGUCAAGCGCAGCUUCUUUGUGAGUUUCCGAGGGGCACUUGAGGGUUUUUGAGGCCUUUCAGCUUGAGAAGAGCUUUAAACUCAAAAUUCUAUUUUGGUGACUACAUAAAAUUGAGGAGAGUUAUUAAAGUGAUUACUUCGGGAUUACUAUACUAUAAAUUUGAUGAGAAUAGUUUUUUUUUUUCAAUUUAAAGGCAUAUGGGCAGUAAAAAACGGUGUUUCAGUUCAAAGCAGUACUUUGUAGAGCUUUUCAUUGCCAAUCGAACCGUGAACUUGGAAAUGUACCAAACUUCCUAGUUUUGGAGAAAAAAUAAUUCAAAGUCGGAGAGAGGAAAGGUUGAGUUCCCGCGGAAAGGGCGCUUUGCAGUAAAGUUGCUCUAUGGACAACAGGCUUCGCCUUAUUCCGGAUUUUCGCUUUUUUCUUCUUUCCUUUCAAUUUUCAAUUUUUUCUGUUGUCACCAAAGUUCUUUUCGUCACAAAAGCUUUUUAUUCAUGUAUAAUUUGCAAACUUUGAUCGCAAAAAUGCUUUUCUGGUGAAAAAGGAUGAUUUUACACAGGUUUCGAUUGGGAUAACGAUUAUUUGUGUUUUCUUUAUUAUCACUGUGUGUUUUCUGUUUUCUUAAUCGAUUUUUCAGAGAAAAAACCCUUAAUUUGAAGAAGCCAUCCGGUUAUUUCCCACAAAAUGCGAGUCUAAUGAGACGUCCGCAACAUCGCGUGCACGGCUACUGUAAACAUUUGUCCGUGGACCGAUCCAAAGCAUUUUUCAAAAUUUAUGCCUUGUUCAAAGUAAUUUCCGCGAAAUGCAAAAUGAUCUCUGACUCUCCAAAAUUUAGUGAUCUUUUCCUUUCUCUAACGGGUAUUUUGCAUUUCGCGGAAAUUACUUUGAACACGGCAUAAAGGCGGGAAAGUAAAACCGCGUUUUUCUUCAAAAUUAGUCACACCAGUAAUUUUUUUGAGUACACCGUUGGAAUCGCAAAGAAAAACUAUAUAAGAUACUGCUUUCACCUGAAAUCCCGUUUUUUACUGCCCCUAUGCCUUUAACGUACUCAGAAGAUUUCGGAGUAUAUGCUGGGAAGGUAACUAGCCGGUGGUUGGAAAACGAAUGGAAGCUAGAAGUUUUCGAAAAGGCCUUGGUAAGGCAUCCAGAAGGUAGUUAGAAGGUCUUUGAAAAAAAGUCUUUUAAAAAGGUAACCAGUUGAAAAUGGUUGCCAGAAGCCUUCCCAAAAGGCUACUGGAAGGUGAUUAGAGGUGGUGGGAAGGUAUGUGGAAGACGUUUGACUACUUGCUGGAAAGUUUCCAAAAACCUUCCGAGGAACCGAAGCAGAAGCUUCCCAACUUUUACCUGAGUAGUUAUUAAAAGAGUAACAAAGAGAUAACUCCUUUUACUUCGAAGUUGAGAAUAUUUGUAGAUAGGGAGGUUUUUUUAGAGAAUUUAUAGACUUGUGAUGCUAAAGAUCCCUAAAAUGACCACUUUAAAAAUGUCUGCUUUUCAGGACGAUUGCAACGUUUGUACACCGAAUGCUGACGUCAGACGGCGAAAGAAGCGAAAUAUGGGCCAAGCGGUGAGUGAUCCCUUGAGGGCCUUCAAAAAUGAUACUUUCAAUGUUUCAGCAAUGCUAUCCGUGCCCAGGAACUCGAGCAUAA